UUAAUAACGACGAUUUAAGUCUUAUGAAUUUAACUUUUCGUCAAUCACUACGUCAUUUCAUAAGUAAAUAUUAUAUUCAAUCAAACAAAAGUAUCAUGAACACAUUAUUACCACCAGAUGAAGUACGAGAACUAAAAAUUGUUGCAUGUUGAAGAACAUUCAAAAUUCAAUUUAAAAUGUAUAUGAAAAGAUGACAAUAAUGGAAAAUACACCUGACCCUGUAUUCAAAUAUGUGUUUAAACGAAUUAUUUAUUUUAAUUCUGAUCGCAAAGAUUUAAUCAUCAAAACUCUAAAAGUAAUAAAGGAUGAAAUAUCGAAAACAAAUAGCUGUGAUACAUUUGAUUGUAUUGUCUAUAUAGAUUCUUUUGGAAUCUAUUGCAAUAAUGAAAAUGUAAUCAAUGAGUUUGAACGAUUUUUAGUUAGUAGAUUACCAGAUAAUACACUUAUAUACCCACAUUAUACAGUUAAUUCAGUAAAUUUUGAAGAUAUUAGGAAAUUCCAAGUACAUACACAUUUACCUUUAGGUCGAUGUAUUAUAGAGGCAAUACAGGUAAUAAAAGAAAGUAUUGACAAAUUUACUUUACAAAACAUAUUUUUGAGCUUUAAUGGUGGAAAAGAUUGCGUCGUUUUAUUAUAUCUAUUUCAAGCUGUGCUUGAAGAAUUAAAAUUUAAUGAACGAAUCAAAGCUGUUUAUUUUCAAUCAGAUGACCAAUUUUCUGAAGAAGAAGACUAUGUACAAUCCACAGUAAACAGGUUUAAUUUAGACUUAACAGUAAUCAAAGGUGAACUUAAAUCUGGUCUUAAUGAAUUUUUGAAGGAAAAUCCUCAAUUUUGUGCAUCUAUCAUAGGUACAAGACAAUCUGAUGCAGGUUCUACAAAACUGCUGUUCUUUCAAAAAACUGAUCCAGGCUGGCCUAAAUUAGUACGAGUACAACCUUUAUUGCAUUGGAAUUACGAUAACAUCUGGUCAUUUUUGAGACAAUUCUCUAUUCCGUAUUGUAGCUUGUAUGAUAAAGGGUAUACAUCUCUUGGUAACAAGUCAAAAAGUCACCCUAAUCCAAAUUUAAAAUAUAUAGAUGAAAAUACUGGAGAAGUUAAAUAUUGGCCAGCAUUUUUACUUCAAGAUAGCAAUUCAGAACGAGAAAAUAGAUUAUAGUAACAUGUUAGAAAUAUUAAAUUUAUUAAACUAGGUGAAGGUGUACAAUUAAUAAAAAAAAAAAAACAAUAAAAAAAAAAUUAUUUUUUCAUUAA